ACCGUAGCCCUGGAGACGGUUACUUGCCAACGGGAGCCGCCGCCGCCGCCGGCGCCGCCUGCACCCUCGGCCGCCGGAACCCAGCGCAGCCCCGCGGGGAGCCCGGCAGCCCCGGCGAGGCCAGAGCCAAGCAUGCAGACCUCCGAGGAGGCCUCCAAUUCGGCCACACCUGUGGCGCUGCGCACCUCGGCCUCGGCCCAACCCGGCCCAGCUUCCCAGCAGAGAGUUUUGGUCCAAGCCACGAGUUCCGCCCCCAAAGGCGUGCCGAUGCCGGAGCUGACGCUGCCCAGGGCCCAGCAGGUGCAAACGGUGCAACACGUGUACCCAGCGGAGGUCCAGUAUAUCGAGGGAGGGGAGGCCGUCUACGCCAACGGGACUCUGCGCGCUACCUAUACUUACAACACCGAGGCCCAGAUUUACGCUCCAGGCAGUGCUACGGCCUACUUUGAGUCGCAAGGGGGCAGCGCUCAGGUGAGCCCGGGGGCUUCCUCCCCCACCGCCAUCCCCUCCCACGGCAUGGUGGGCCUGGCCCUGGACAGUGCGGGCACCAGCCAGAUCGUCACCAGCUCCGGCACCUACCUCAUCCACGGCGGGAUGGAGAACGCCCGGCACACUUUGUCGCACGCCUCCCGCUCCUCUCCGGCCACGCUCGAAAUGGCCAUUGAGAACCUCCAAAAAAACGAAGGCAUUACGUCGCACAAAAGCACCCUGCUGAACAGCCAUCAGCUGCAGUGGCUGCUGGACAACUACGAAACGGCGGAAGGGGUCAGCCUGCCCCGCAGCUCCCUCUACAACCACUACCUGCGCCACUGCCAGGAGCACAAGCUGGAUCCGGUCAACGCAGCCUCUUUCGGGAAGCUGAUCCGCUCGGUCUUCAUGGGCCUGAGGACGCGUCGGCUGGGCACCAGGGGGAACUCCAAGUACCAUUACUACGGGAUCCGUCUCAAGCCGGAGUCACCCCUGAACCGCUUGCAGGAAGAUGCCCAGUACAUGGCCAUGAGGCAGCAACCGGCUCACCAGAAGCAGAGGUACCGACCAUCCCAGAAGUUGGAUGGGGCAUCCGAGGGGGGGUCCAUCAGCUCCCCCCACACCACCCCCGAAGAGUCCGUAGCUGCCCAGUGUCAACAUCACCAGCAAUUCAUCGACGUCACUCACGUCCUGCCCGAAUUCCCGGUCCUGAAUCCGGAAAGCGUCCACCUUCAGGAGGGGAUCGAGUCACGCGACCUCCAGGCUCUGCAGCUGUUCUACCGCCGGCAUUGCGAGGCCAACGUUGAGGUAGUGAUGAGCCUCCAGCUUCCAUUCCUCGAGAAGCUUUGGCGUUCCUUCUGGAAUUCCGAAUCCCUCCCCAGCCGGACAGGCGCUGCCACCGCCGGAGCCGCCAGUGAAGAGUCCUACGAAGCCAUCCUCCCCAGACACCAGCUGAUCGCCCUCUGCAAACACGAGCCCAUCCUGGCCUGGAUGCGGAGCUGCGACCACCUAUUGUACCAAACCCUGGUGGAGGUUCUCAUCCCGGACGUCCUCCGGCCUGUUCCCGGCACCCUGACCCAAGCCAUCCGCAACUUUGCCAAGAGCCUGGAGGGCUGGCUGAUGAGUGCCAUGAGCGAGUUCCCGCAGCCGGUGGUCCAGAGCAAGGUGAGCGUGGUGAGUGCCUUUGCCCAGACCCUGCGCAGGUACACCUCCCUCAACCACCUGGCCCAGGCCGCCCGGGCCGUCCUCCAGAACACCUCCCAGAUCAACCAGAUGCUCAGCGAUCUCAACCGGGUGGACUUCGCCAACGUCCAGGAGCAAGCCUCCUGGGUCUGCCAGUGCGAGGAGGGCCUGGUGCAGAAACUGGAGCAGGACUUCAAGGCGACGCUGCAGCAGCAGAGCUCCCUGGACCAGUGGGCGCGCUGGCUGGACGAGGUGGUCACGCAGGUGCUGAAGCCCCACGAGGGCGCGGCCAGCUUCCCCCGGGCGGCCCGGCAGUUCCUGCUGAAGUGGUCCUUCUACAGCUCCAUGGUGAUCCGCGACCUCACCUUGCGCAGCGCCGCCAGUUUCGGCUCCUUCCACCUGAUCCGCCUCCUGUACGACGAGUACAUGUUCUACCUGGUGGAGCACCGGGUGGCCGAAGCCACGGGGGAAACGCCCAUCGCCGUGAUGGGAGAGUUCAGCGACCUGUCCUCCCUGUCCCCGGCUGUGCUCGAGAAAGAUGCCUUCGGCACCCUGGGCCUCGAAGCCGGCGCCCGGGUGAAGCCCCGGGUGAAGCGCGAGCACAGUGACCCUGGGCCAUCCUUGCAGGAGAUCUAGGCUGACCGGGCAGGCUGCGUACCCGCCCCCUCUACUCCAACUCCGCCGAGAGUGCCAAAGCUUUCCGAACGACGCCCUGUGAGGACUCCCGGCCCUCCCGGACGACGGCGUGCCUCUACGUUCCUCCUCCUCCUCCGCCUUCUCGUGCUUACGAGUCUUUGCCAAAGACGGGCCGGUGUCCGGCAAGACAGAGAAGGCCCUCGAGCGUCGGCCGGUCCUUCUCUUUGCAAGGACACCCCCCCCCCAAGCCGGCCCACCCCCCCGUCCUCCCUCCUGCUCUUAUGCUUUGCCUUAACUGACUCCACUCCCCCAAUGGGGAACAACCUGCUGAGGUGCCACUGUGACCCUGGGGCGCUGAUCGAUUCUGCACCUGGCGAGGGAAGGGGAAGGGCGGCCUUCUGGCGUCCACUCCGACUCUUGCUCAAUAAACGGACAC